GACCCCCGGGCGGCUCGCGGGCAUGGACAGCGCGGCCGCUGCCUUCGCCCUGGACAAGCCGGCGCUGGGCCCCGGACCGCCGCCGCCGCCCGCUCUGGGGCCCGGCGACUGCGCCCAAGCGCGCAAGAACUUCACGGUGAGCCACCUCCUGGACCUGGAAGAGGUGGCGGCGGCCGGGAGGCUGGCGGCGCGCCCCGCGGGGGCCGAGGCGCGGGAGGGCGCGGCGCGGGAGCCGUCCGGGGGCAGCAGCGGCAGCGAGGCGGCCCCGCAGGACGGUGAGUGUCCCAGUCCCGGGCGCAGCGCCGCCGCCAAGCGGAAGAAGAAGCAGCGGCGGAACCGCACCACGUUCAAUAGCAGCCAGCUGCAGGCGCUGGAGCGCGUGUUCGAGCGCACGCACUACCCCGACGCUUUCGUGCGCGAGGAGCUCGCCCGGCGCGUCAACCUCAGCGAGGCGCGCGUCCAGGUCUGGUUUCAGAACCGCAGGGCCAAGUUCCGCCGAAACGAGCGGGCCAUGCUGGCCAACCGCUCCGCCUCGCUGCUCAAGUCCUACAGCCAGGAAGCUGCCAUCGAGCAGCCGGUGGCUCCCCGGCCCACCGCCCUGAGCCCAGAUUAUCUCUCCUGGACAGCCUCGUCCCCCUACAGCACGGUGCCACCCUACAGCCCUGGAGGCUCAAGCCCCGCGACCUCAGGGGUCAAUAUGGCCAACAGCAUUGCCAGCCUCCGUCUCAAGGCCAAGGAGUUCAGCUUGCACCACAGCCAGGUGCCCACGGUGAAUUGACGGCCGGCCCCACCAGGACCCAGCUGCCUCCCGGGUCUACAGCAACAGAAAAGAGGGCAGACACGCAGGAAAGUGACCUUCUCCUGUCCCCUGUCCCCAGGACAGGCUGGGAGGCCUCUCCUGGCCCUUCUCUCCAGCCCGGACUCCUGGGCCCGAGAGGCUGCUGAGACGCCUGAAGCCUCGCUCAGCCCCUCGUCCGUGGCCACCUGGAGACUUUGGUCCAUGACCCUUGGAGGGGAUGGGCCAGAAAGUGGAGCAGAAGCUCACCAAGGACCUCACUUACUUUGUGUAUUAAAACCAAAUAGCUUUUGUCUUUAAGAAAUAAAAAUUUUUUAAGCCC